AUGAAGCAAUUCAAAAUCAAGGUCCUCUUGGGGGUCAUUGUCUUGCUGGCCAUCAUUCUCAUUUUGGUAGCUAUCCUGAUUCCUCGAGGUCAAGAGGCUAAUGCAGAUCAUGUCCCAACAACUGCGCCUAUCUGCAAUUUGGAGGACCAGUCGCCCAGUGAGGCAUUUGAAUGGCUCAUGGAAGAAUUGAAUCCUCACAACCUUGCAGAGGGUCCCUGUGAGCAAGAUCCAGGAUCAGGGAUUCCACAAGAGCUCUAUUUGCUUACUGACCUCAAGAGCUUGGCAUUGGAUGGAUUGAACCUUACCAGCACCAUCCCAGAAGAGCUCUUUGGCCUUCCCAGUUUGGAGUAUCUCUCGAUAAUGAGUUGUGGUCUUUAUGGCUCCAUUCCUGAGGCAAUUCGAAGUUUGUCAAAACUCUCAGCGGUCAACUUGGCCUACAACUCUUUGACAGGAACUAUUCCAUCAUCCCUGUUUUCGCUUUCGUACUCCAUGAGAAGUAUUAUUCUACAAGAAAAUCAGCUGACAGGACCAUUACCAACACCAGAACUGGGUCUGCUGCCUGGUCUGCUUACUAGCUUGCAGGCUAUGUGGUUUGGUGGAAACCUUUUCACGGGGACAGUUCCCACAGAACUUGGGUGGCUGACUCUCUUGGAUAGAUUAGAUCUUAACGAGCUGUUGUUGAGUGGCACUAUCCCAGCCGAGCUUGCAAUUCUUACAGACAUGCAAGAGCUGUACAUGCAUAACUCUGGUCUUAUGGGGACAAUCCCCAGGUGGCUUGGCAACAUGACAUCCAUUGAACGCAUGACACUGAUGGGGAACUUCUUUACUGGGACUAUCCCAACAGAGCUUGGUCUGCUAACAAAGAUGCUUGCUUUGUGGCUUGGUGUGAAUGCUUUGUCGGGCACAAUCCCAAGUGAAUUUGGAAUGUACGAGAAAGAACAGUUAGUGUUGACCUUGCGUAGCAAUAACCUCACAGGAACCAUUCCCACGGAGCUUGGUCUGCUUACUAGUUUGUGGCAGUUGUGGCUUUUUGACAAUGAAUUGACUGGAACAGUGCCCCUGGAGCUUGGCAAUGUUCCUUUCCCUGCACCUUAUGGUCAGGUCUAUUUAUUUGGCAAUGAUCUUUCUGGCAUUAUCCCUGCAAGCCUGUGUUCUGCUAACAACCUUACUUUUGACUGCAGCGACCUACUCUGCGGAUGUGACUGGUGUAACUGUUCUGACAUUGAAACAUCAACGAUACUGGAGGGAGAGACUACGAAUGAAGAUGGUCAGCUGCUGAGUGGGGCAAACCAAACUGAGGGGAACCAAACUGAACCCUGA